UGGGGUUCAUAUUAUAUCUGGGGGCUCCUUAGUCAAAUCCAAAUGAUAGUUUCUUCUCAUCUUAUAAUCUGGCAUCAGCGGUGAGUAACGCACAUGGGGAAGAAGCAGGGAUGAGCACUGUGAGUAAUAUUGGCUUUCCUUCGCUGUUCAGAGCAUCUCACAAAAAUGAUGCGGUAUCAAAGCAGAGCAAGAGGAAAAAUCAUGCAGUUUUAUGGCUUGGACUAAUCCAAUCAGCUUGAAUCAGCAAAUCUUUUGUGGACUACCAGACAGCGGGACUGAGAAGAACCCUGCAAGCAGGAUGGCCUCUAAUUCGAAGAACAGGGUGGAGGAGUACAAUAUAGCUAUGAAGAAAAUGAUGAGGAACCCUUAUGAGUACCACCACGACCUGGGUAUGAAUUACACACUUAUAACUGAUGGUUUGAUUGUGGGCUCCCAGCCACAAAAACCUGAAGAAAUAGAUCACCUCAAAAAGAAGGAGGAUGUAGCCUACAUUCUAAACUUGCAGCAGGAUAAGGAUGUGGAGUAUUGGGGAAUAGACUUGCAGUCAAUAAGAAGAAGAUGCUGUGAACUCGGUAUUCGUCACAUGAGGAGGCUGUAAGCAAGCCCUUCUCGGUAUAGGUGCCCUGCAUUUUUUGUGUUAACCGGGACAAGAUUCCAAGUUACUUCGUAUAAUAUGCUGUUAGCAACGAUUUUGGUUUCCGCAGCUAG